AGGUGGAGAUCGAGUAAAUUGUCGGAGUUGACCGUUGUGAUUAUCACGGGUGCUCUCAUUGCGGGCGUUGUCAGUAGCGCGUUUUCGUGGCCAACAAUCAAUGAUGCUCCUUGGACAGCAAAAGCAUUACUAUAUUCGGCCUUGAUCCUUUCUUUGACCUCAAUAUCUAUCGGAACUCAGCAGAGCAUUGCGUUAUACCGAAUUGGGGGCCAUGAAGACGGCCUGGAGACGCUUCAGGCGCUUUUGAAAAGCCCGCGUGGAAAAAAUGCCAGCAAGCUUCAGCUAUAUAUAUGGCAAGUGCCCGUCAUGAUGCUUAACAUUGCUAUUUUGGUAUUUCUGAUCGGCCUCAUGGUGUUAAUUUGGGCUCGCGCGGCAGAGCAGCCGUCGUGGGAUCAAGAUAUGAGGGUACGUAUA